AAUUGAUAAAUAAGUAUUAAGAGCAAUAAAGUAUGGAUUUUCAGCGAAGCGAUGCUAUUCUUAUGGAAAUAUUGCAGGAGCGCAAAACAAUCACUGGUUUUUUAGACGCGAUAUUUGGUUUCUUGAGGCGCAACACCGAUUUUUAUCAUACCAAGAAGGAUGCAUCAGACCAAAUCGGGUUCCCCAAAGGAAUGAGGGAUCAAAUCCUUUAUGGCGCCAUGCAGCGCUAUGAUCCUGACUGCUGGCUACAAACUAUGAGCGCUGAAAGCGAUAUUGGGGAUUCUGGGGAGACUGCUCCGCCCGCAGUUGAAGAAAUCUGUGUGGAGACUACAGAGGAAACACCGCCAAAAACACAUCCGACACAGCCAGGCGAGAAGAUGGUCGACCUAAGCCGACCGUUUGAGGCAGGUGACUUUAAGAAUGGCGCCGUGUUUGAGCGCCAUUGUUGGGCUCAGACUCUAAAAGAUUUGGAAGUGCAGGUUCAACUCCCACCCACUCUAAGAACUGCCAAACAACUGUCCAUCGAUAUCAAAGCUCAGCAAAUCAAGGUGAGCAGUAAGAGCACACCGGAACAGGUGAUCCUCGAGGGUACGCUCAGCCAGCGUAUAAGACAGAAUGAAGCCAUGUGGUCUAUAGAAGAUGGCCGGUUGCUGAUCUGUUGUGACAAGGUGAAGGAACGUUGGUGGGAGCGGCUCUUCGAGGAUGACGAUGAGAUCGAUAUAAAGAAACUUGACUGUGAGCGCUACAUAGAUGAAUUGCCCCAAGAGUCGCAGGCGGCCAUUGAGAAGCUGCGCGUGCAACAGAUGGAAGCGGAUCAGCAACAAAAUACCAUGCGGACUACAGAUCCGGAGCAGGCCAAAACGCUAGAACGCCUGCGUACAGCAUGGGAUGUAGAAGGCUCCCCGUUUAAAGGACAACCCUUUGAUCCGUCGGUGGUGCGGAUGAGCUAGUAGUUUAUUA